ACUUGAAUCAAUGUUUUAAAAUUACCUAUUCGGUAUUUAAAAGAAUAUAAAUCACGUAUUCAAGUACUUUUAAAGGCACCUUUUGGGUUAUUUUAUAUAUAAUUUUUAAAGCAUUAGAGAACAGUGAGACACCUUUGCAAUAUCAUAUUUCAAAGGUGCCCCACUGCCCCUAAUAGUCCUAAAUUAAUCAAAUUAUUAAUUUGUAUUUCAAAAGAUGAUUUUUUUAAAUGAUGAUUUCUUUAAAGAGCAAGGCACUGAUUAGGUUAGGAAGUGACAUAACCUAAAAAAAGUUUUUUGUAUGCCAAACUUUAACGUCUACGUCCUGUAUCACAUUUUGUUGAACAAAUUAUUUAGAAUCUUUUAUUGUAUCAGAAAAACCGUACAUUUAUUUAUAUCAAUUUGAAGUUGAAUAAUUUAAAAGCUCUUCAAAAAAUUGUUUUUUUUUUGUUAGAAAAAAAUUAGGUUAUGUCAAAACAUAACCUCUUAAUUAUUUAGAAAAUUCCUUCACAAAAACAACCAACGGCCCUGAAAGCCUUAAAAAUUUGUUUUAAACAUGCUACUAGAUAAAAAAAACUUACAUUUUUGAUUCACUAACACUCGCUUAGAAGAUAAUAACCUCAGAAAGAAAGAAUAGAGAAGACUUAUAUUGAAAGAAAGAAAAAUCAUUAUUCAGUAAAAAAGAAACAACUUAUUUUUCAGAUGAAAAUCGGUUAAAAAAAAUGAUCGUAGGUAAAAAAAUCCUGAGAGAAGUAAAAACAAAGAACAGUCAAAAAUUAUUAAAAAGAAAAAUAGAACAAAAAUAUAGAGGAAAAACUGAUGAAUUUCUACGAGAAAGAAAUAUUGCAAAAGAAAAAGAAAACAUUUAUUAGAAAGAUGAAAAAUUGAUCGCAUAUUGUUGUUAUUAAAUAAUUAAUUAUUUUAAUGAUGAAACAGAGAAGUUUUGAUUGAAAGAAAAAAAAAGUUACAAAAUAAAGAAGAAAAUGUAUUCUGCUCAAAAUGCGUACAAUUUUCUUUUUUCCGGAGGGUUAACUCUGCGGGAAUUUGGGUCAGAUAUUGAUCAAACAAUCCGAAGACAACUUUUCAGUUUUGCGAACUUCUGCAGAUUGGAAGUGAAGGAAUUUUUGGGGGAUUUUCCAGUAAGAAAAAAUGAAGUUUACUUGGAAGCCUUGCAGGAAGAAGAAGCCUGAACCAAAUCCAGGAGCUAUUCUGGAUCAGGUGAUCUCUCAAUCAUCCUCAAGUGCUUGUCUUCUGUACAAAUUAGCUGAUUACAAGAGAGGAGGAGAGCUCAUUGAUGCCAUCCAAACGGGAGGGCAGGUUGCUGUAGAAUCUCUGAUUCGAGAGCAAUUUGGAGUUUUCAUGUACAACGGAGGUAAAGGCCAGAUAAUCAAUCGAGCUGAAUACCUCAGGUGGAAAUACAUCGAUAACCACGAAGUUAAGAUACCCAUAGAAGCCUCUCUGUCACCUCAUGAUCCUCUGGGCAAGUGGAAGGAUCACAAGGCAUGUUGGCAGAUGCAAUAUCGAGGCUCCCUGGGAGAGAGUUUGCUGCAUGUUCUGAUUAUUUGCGACACAAAGGUUCAUACAAAACUCGGCAGGAUCCUCCUGAGAGUCUUCCCGAUGCUGGCUGUGGAUGUGAUUGAGGGAGAGGAGUAUCUGGGAGCUAGUGCUCUUCACUUGGCCAUUGCUUACAGCAACAAUGAACUCGUGCAGGAUCUAAUUGAUGCUGGUGCUGAUGUCAAUCAACGAGCGAUCGGAAGUUUCUUCCUCCCUCGUGAUCAGCAGGGCUACAGACCAGCUAAGAACACGGAUUACGAAGGCUUGGCUUACCUGGGAGAAUAUCCUCUUGCAUGGGCAGCUUGUUGCGCCAAUGAGAGUGUAUACAACCUCCUCUUGGACGUUGGUGCUGACCCCGAUGCCCAGGACUCCUUCGGGAAUAUGAUCCUGCAUAUGGUAGUUGUCUGUGACAAAUUGGACAUGUUCGGCUAUGCUCUGCGCCACCCGAAACUUCCUGCUCGCAAUGGGAUCAUCAAUGAUGCAGGACUUACUCCCUUGACUUUGGCCUGCACUCUGGGCAGAGCUGAAGUAUUUCGGGAGAUGUUGGAACUGAGUGCAAGGGAAUUCUGGCGGUACAGCAACAUCACCUGCUCUGGAUACCCUCUAAAUGCCCUGGAUACGCUUCUCCCAGACGGAAGAACCAACUGGAACUCUGCCUUAUUCAUAAUUCUAAAUGGGACAAAAGAGGAGCAUCUGGAUAUGCUGGACGGAGGAAUAAUUCAGAGGUUGCUGGAGGAGAAGUGGAAGACCUUUGCAAGAGGACAAUUUCUCAAGCGUCUCCUGAUUCUCUUUGCGCAUUUAUUCUGCCUAUCCUUGAGCAUCUAUCUGCGUCCGGAAAGUGAGAAAACCGAAGUGGAAGGAGCCGAACCUACAAAUUCGCCAAAUGAUGAGGAUUCUGAUGAUGACUUCGACGUAACUACAAUUAUCCGAUAUUGUGCUGAGCUCUGUACAAUUGGCGGAGUUCUCAGCUAUGUCAUCUUCCAGCAGGGAGAUGAGGUCAAGAAUCAAGGACUAGUGGCUUUUCUGAGACAACUUCCUAACUCUCCGGCUAAAUUCAUCUUCCUGAUUUCCAACUUUCUCAUCCUGGCAUGCAUCCCAUGCAGAAUUGCCGGAGAUACGGAUACUGAAGAGGCGAUUUUGGUAUUCGCUGUACCGGGUAGUUGGUUCCUGCUUAUGUUCUUCGCAGGAGCCGUGAGAUUGACAGGACCGUUCGUUACGAUGAUUUACUCAAUGAUUACAGGCGAUAUGUUCACUUUUGGGAUCAUUUAUACAAUUGUCCUCGUAGGAUUCUCCCAGGCUUUCUUCUUCCUCUACAAAGGUCAUCCUCAAGUGGCUGCUUCGCUCUUCGCCAGUUAUCCCAGUACCUGGAUGGCCUUGUUCCAAACUACCCUUGGCGACUAUAACUAUGCCGAUCUCAAUAACACCACCUACCCCAAUCUGGCCAAGACCGUCUUUGUGAUCUUCAUGAUCUUCGUGCCGAUUCUGCUGCUGAACAUGCUGAUCGCCAUGAUGGGCAACACUUACGCCCAUGUCAUCGAGCAGUCCGAGAAGGAGUGGAUGAAGCAAUGGGCUAAGAUUGUGGUAACUCUAGAACGCGCUGUAUCCCAAACGGACGCUAAGAAGUACCUAGAGGACUAUUCAAUAGCCCUGGGACCCAGCAAUGACGAUUCUGGAUUUGAGCAGAGGGGCGUAAUGGUGAUCAAGAGCAAAAGUAAGACCCGUGCGAAGCAGCGAAAGGGAGCUGUUAGCAAUUGGAAGAGAGUUGGAAAAGUCACGCUGAAUGCACUAAAGAAGAGAGGAUUGACAGGAGAAGAAUUGAGGAGGAUCAUGUGGGGAAGGGCUUCAAUCAGUAGCCCAACGAAGGUGACCAAGAAGAAGAGAGAUCCUAAUGAUCCAUUUGCCAUUUCUGCUGCAAUUGACGUCAUGUCAUUUACUCAUGAUAUUGUCCUCUGUGGCGAUGGAAUGACUCCAGAAGGGACUCUUCCUGGUGCCCCUGGAGCUCCUGGACCAAAAAUGGGAGUUAAAGGAAGUCUACAUCCUAGCCAAUUAAUGCAAACUACUUCAGAUUACAAAGAUCCUCUGAGGGAACUUGUCUUGAUUUCCGAAGUAAUUUGCGUGAAUGACAAGAGUUACAUGGCUAACGUUCAAUCUCUGGCCAAGGAAGCUACGGUGCUAGAGAAUAUCCUGGAAGUUCCACUAAAAUCAAAAGAACCGGAAAAACUUCCUCCACCUAAGCCAGUUCCUCCCCCUCCUGUUGCUGCUGGUCUCCAGAGUGCAGCCAACACUCUGUUCCAGAAUCCUAAAGAUGUCAUUGAUCCGGAAAAGGAAAAGGCUUUCUUGAAACAGUUGGAAGCACUCGAGGAUACGGACUCCGAGGCAUUCGGCGACAGGCCAGUUCUAGGCAAGAUUUCUUUGAUUCGCCGAGCUAAAUCCGCAGUUAGUCGUUCUGCCUCAGCCAAGAGGCGCAAUGAUGAACAUCCACUGUUCCAUAUUGCUUGGGACGAGACUCCGGCUGAAGUUCCCGUCGAAACUACUCCUCCAGCUGGGUCUCCUCCACUGGAAGGGAUCAACAAUGAAGCCUACGAGGAGGAUGAAGUUGUGACAGUGGAGGAUGUCAAAAGGCAGAUGGAAGCCUUCCAUUUGCGUCCCAGGAAGCAAUCUGUGGAUUCUCAAUCGACCACUGUUGAAAGGGCUCACAGAGAAACCAAAGAAACUGCUGCAGCACCAACUGCAUCCUCCUCUUCUGGCAAGAAUGGGAAGUACGCAAAAGGGAGAAAAAUUGCAGGAAGGAGCUCCAAGAACAAAGUUUCCCCUGCAGAUGGAGUUCCUGAAAAAGCAGCGGAUGAUGCAAAGAAAAAACGCGGUAAAUCAGCACCUCAAGCCGGAAAAGGUGAAAAAGGUGACAAAGAAGGUCCCGAGUCGCCUCCAGAUCCUCUUGAGCCAUGGAGCACUCGUGAAUUAGCUACUAUAAAUAAGCUUCUGGACACUGAAGAGGAGAAAUAGAAAACUAGUCCAGUUCAAUGCUGGCUUAAGAAUGAAAUGUCUCUUUACAAAAUCAUAAAA